GUUAUAUAUUUCACGUGGUAUAUAUUGUUCAACGAAAUUUUAAAAAUGAAUGCGCCCAGAUCAGCACUCACGACAGUGAAAAAACGAAGCAGAAAGAAGGUUUCGCGUUAGGGCUUUUUGUCCUGUGCAGGGUUCCGUCCUCGUCAGUGAAGAAGAAUGGCUGCCUGGUUGUGGCUCCGCUGUAUUUUAGGGCCUCAACUGCAGCGAAUUCACCGCUCGCCAGAUCCGCAGCGACCCGAUGGCCGAGCAGGGAGAAGGGGAUGGAACUACCAACCGAGGGGUCUAGAGAAACACACAGAUGGCAUCCUGGGCUGGGCGUCGACACUCUGGUCUCUGUCCUACUACAGCUCUCCACUGCUGCUGUGUUAUCUGUACAGGAAAGGUUACAUCUGCAGCAGUAAGCUGGUUCCUGUCAGUCAGUACGUGGGCACCGUGCUGGUGUGUCUACUGGGAGUGGCCUGUCUACGAGGAUGGGAGCGCUGGAGGAACUCUGAGUAUGUUCAGUUCAUCUCUUUACUUGAACAAACGAAAAAGAACAACACUCCAGAAAACAAGAAAAAGCUCAGGUGCUACGACUUUGACUUUUCACACUGGCCCGUCGAUUUCAGCUGGUCUGAGGUCAGCAGUCAGAAACUGACCAAGGCCGGAGUUUCACUGCUGAGGUCGGAGCCCAGACUGAGGGGGGCAGCAGACAGCGUCCUCCACUCGAUCCGCACUCUGCCGUGUCACGUCAUCAGUUUUCUCAUUGCUCACUCCUUCGGGCGGAGGAUGCUCUACCCUGGCUCCGUGGGUCUGCUGCAGAAAGCCAUGAGGCCCAUGCUGCAGCAGGGUCAGGCCAGGUUAAUAGAAGAGUUUGAUGGACAGAGGAACAAACUAAAGGCCUGUGAUGGUAAUGAGAUCGACACCAUGUUUGUGGAUCGACGGACGAACGGGGGACGGAAAGGACAGACUCUGGUCAUCUGCUGUGAAGGAAACGCGGGCUUCUAUGAAGUGGGCUGCAUGAACACUCCACUGGAGGGGGGCUACUCUGUCCUGGGCUGGAACCACCCUGGCUUUGGAGGCAGCACAGGCGUACCCUUUCCUCAGAACGAGGCCAAUGCCAUGGACGUAGUGAUCCAGUUUGCUGUUCAUAAACUGGGCUUCCAGCUCAGUGACAUCGUCAUCUUUGCCUGGUCUAUUGGAGGAUUCACAGCAACUUGGGCAGCCAUGUCGUACCCAGAGGUCCAAGCUCUGGUUCUGGAUGCUUCCUUCGAUGACCUCCUGCCUCUGGCCCUAAAGGUCAUGCCCGACAGCUGGAGGCCGCUGGUGCAGCACACAGUCAGACAGUAUGUGAAUCUGAACAACGCAGAGCAGCUCCUCAAGUACCAGGGUCCAGUCCUGCUGAUCAGGAGAACCAAAGAUGAAAUCAUCACAACCACGGGUCCAGAGGACGUUAUGUCCAACAGAGGCAACGACCUCCUGCUCAGACUGCUGCAGUUCAGGUAUCCUAAAAUAAUGACAGACGAAGGAGUCAGAGCCGUCAGACAUUGGCUGGGAGCCACUAACCCACUAGGAGAAGCGACCGUCUACAGUGCGUAUGAAGUGGACGACGACUGGUGUGUGUCUGUGCUGCAGUCGUACCAGGCUGACAAAGACGUUCUGUUUCCAUGGACUGUUGGUGAGGACAUGGCUAUGGAGGGACGGCGGCAGCUGGCUCUCUUCUUGGCACGAAAGUACAUGAGAAACUUUGAAACAACACACUGCACUCCUCUGCCGGCCUCGGAGUUUCACUCACCCUGGAGACUCUGAGGAGGAGGAGGAGGAGGAAGGCUGAGUGGAAGAACCACGGAGCAGGAGGGGGGGGGGGGGGGGGGGUCAGUGUCUGGUAAUUUCCUCCUCAAAGACAUAAUUAAAUUCCUGUGUAGUGAAGAUGUAGUAGAAGACAGGUGUUGGGUGGAGCUCCACCGACGCCUGUCCUGUCGUCGACCUGGUCUUCUUGAAGGUGGAGUAUUCAGGGACAGUCUUAGGAAUACUUUAGUCCAUGAAGAGACAGACAAACGUCCUCAUUUAACAAGACACUAGUGGUGUAUGGUGGUGUAUGGGUGUGGUGGUGAUCUGGGGGGGGGGGUUGGUGCAUCUGACAGUCAGACUCUGGAAGUUUAAAUCCCAAAGUCAAACUCACUUAUGUUUGUGGCUAAAUGUUAAGUUAAUGUAAAAUAAUAACCACCACACAGUCUGGGACUUUACAUAUGGGACAGUGCCACCUACAGGGGAGGAGGAGUGGGAACAAAGUUUUUGUGUUUAGAUUUUAAAGUCUUUUCUCAGUAAGACUGUUUGACUGGCCACACACUGGUGCAGCCUUUAACCAACUGGGAAUUGUGGGUAAAUUCUGGCCAAUCAACCGUGUUGUCACUGUGUACUCCACCUGAAGGGUUGGUGAGGGACGUGAAGUCGAGGGACGUGAUGUAAUUGAGUCAAACGCCGACUCUCGCUGUAAAUAAAAUCCUCUGAUGACAUCAUCGGUCACGGAGACUCUCCUCGUUAAAACGCAGCUAAACUCUAACCUUGUCAUGUUGUUUUUCUGUGACUAUUUUGUUCCUCAACGUUCUAUCAAAUGUGCUGAGUAGAACCGUUCUGACAUAAGGGAUAAAAACUCAUCUGUUUGUCACCUGAACAAAUAAAACCAUUCACAAAA